AUGUUGUGAUUUAGAUCUGAUAGCUCUGAUAAGGUGAAGAAUACAACACGACCAGAACGGAGAAUGUGUGACGAGCUCCAUCUUGUAACAGAGCAGGAAAUCCCACAGCUGCUAGCCUGGCUUGAGCAAGAUUUACCUCGGUCUUUCCAGCUGUACGGUGUUGUCAGGGAACAUAUCAGAACAAAAUGGCCAGGUUUUCAGUUCUACACCAUCGGGUGGCCAAACAUACAAGCAGCGGCCACUGGCCAUGUUGACGUCAACUGUGGGUGUUUUGGAUACUUCAACUCUGCAACAGAACAUUACCUCUACGCCCGUGACGUCAUUUCCGUGCAGGCUUUGUUGACAUGGCCAGGGUUUAUUGACUGGAACAAACCGGCAGAUAUUCGAUACCCAGAUGACCUAACGUCAGGGAUCCACGAGAUGUUCAGGUCAAGAUGUUCUCACGUGCCGUCAGAGCUGACCUUUUGUCUUAUGGUGGCGCAGCCUGGUGACGUCAUUGCCAGCACAAUCCCAAUACCAGACGACCUGAUUAUCUCCCCUCUGGAACCAAAACGAGACGCUGCCUGUAUGAACUCGACCUGGAGAUACACAACUGAGCACUCGGAGAAAUAUUUAGAACAACUUAUUCUCCGCUUCCCUUCUUGUGGUGUCUUUGAUAAGUCUGGCCAAUGUUUGGGUCACGUGGUCGGCACCGAAAGAGGAAGUGUAGGAAUUCUUUACGUGGUUCCAGAAAUGAGACGUCACGGCCUGGGUCAGAUGCUGCUACGUGGGAUAUCUAAGGCUUACUUCGACCUUGACCUCCCGUGUUUCGGCUACUGUCUGUCUGACAACAUCCAAUCAAUUCGGUUGUUUGAAAAAGUUGGAUUUAAGAAUAUCUGCAAAACAAAAUAUAUGCCGUACACUCCAACGUAAUGUUACAUGACAGUUUGGCUUUAUGGGCUAGAGUUGUGUUGUACGUUCACACUGAC